AUGAAUUCUGCUCAUAUUGUUGAUAGUCCAACAUUACUCACCGAAUGCUUGUUAACAUGUAAUGGAUCCAACAUGUGUAUACCAUGGCCAAUUUUAGAACCAAUAAAAAUUUCAGACGAAAAAGAUAAUAAUUUUGGAUUGAUGUAUGGAAUAAAAGAUGAAAAUAUCCGUCGAAAUUUAGGUUAUAGUAUUGGAGAACAUAAAUCAUUGAAUCGAAAAAAACGAGCAUUUCGAAAAAUAUUCAAACAACAAUACAAACAAAAUAAUCUUUUAGAUGAAGAAGUCGAAUUCGAUAGUAUUCGACAAGGGAAGGCAAGUUCUACUGACAAUCGAAUGUCAAUAGUACAACAAAUAUCAAUUACUUCUCCUAAAGAGAAUCUUAAAAUUACUGAACAAAAAAGUAGUUUAUUUGCGAAUCUGUUUAAACAGACUACACUAUCAUCUCUGCCAUUUAAUACAGAUUCCAAUGAUAAAAGUGAAAGAAUAUCAAUAAACUCUAAAAUAUCUCAAGAUAAAAAUGCUACUACAAGUAGACUUAGUAGUAGUCGUACCAUAUCAAAACAGCCAUCAAUUGUCAAUUCAAAACGAUCAUCAACACUCUCGAAUGGUAAUUCCAAUAUUGAUCAACCUAGUCGACUUCGUUCUAUACAUGGUAAGUGUGUUCUGUCAUUAAUAGACUUGCAUAUUAUAUUAAUUGAUAAAUCUGCUGUAAUUGAUCAAUUAAUAGUAUUGGAUGGUAGUAGACGCAUGACAACUCGUAAAUCAUCUUCUCAUAUCGAAGAAUUACCUGUAACAUCGAUGGCAGAUCAUUAUGUACCAAAACAUACACCUUCUCGUGUGACUCUUCAAAAACAACAACAAUUAAACAACUAUAUAGAAAACAGUGACAAAAGCGCACUACUAUCACCUCAAUCUUCUGAAACUUAUGGAUAUCGAACUUUAUCGAAUAGAAGGCCACAUAAAAAUAGUCAAAGUUUAUCAUCGGUACUCAAGAAAUCAAUAAAUACUAAACAAUCACGUGGAUCAAUUCAAUCUCGUAAAAAUCCAUCUGCAAAUGAUGUUAGAGACAAUAAGAGUACAUUAAGUGUUAGACAAAGUAAUGAUAAACAACGUUUAAGAACAUAUACCAGUCAAACUCCGAUCUCAUAUCAAACACAUGUCGACAGUGAUGAUUCUUCAGUUGCAUUGACAUCUUCUGGUAAAAUUAAGCAUAGUCCAAGUAUAUUUAAUACAAGUUGGGAACAACGUUUAAUGUCCCCUUUAUUGAUGACAUCAGUAUCACGCAGCAAUAGUAUUCAUCUUACACAAAAAAUCACAAGUUCUACUUCAAAUAAACAACUUUCAAUCGAUAAAACUCCAAAUAAUUUCAAUUUUGAUAAUUAUUCUAAAUAUCAAACAUCUCCUUCCAGAAGUUUUCUUAAUCAAAUAAACGGUAAACUUUUGAAAUAA